AUGGCGUCAAAUUUGUGUGUCCUUAAUUCUCAAGAGAUGCAGGUAUCUGGCUACAUUUGGGGCUGUUUUGUUGUAUGGCCGUUUUCGACAACUGUUGUCUCAGACCAUAGCUUACGCCACGUACAAUCCGGGGAGAGGCAAUUGAGGUUAUGGGAUGUUAAACUUAUCUUGGACGUUGCAUUGUGUGACAGGAUCAAUUCACGAAUACGCAGGGCUCGGGUCGCGUUCACUAAUUUGAGACACUCAUGGCGUCAAAUUUGUGUGUCCUUAAUUCUCAAGAGAUGCAGGUAUCUGGCUACAUUUGGGGCUGUUUUGUUGUAUGGCCGUGAGACUUGGACUGUUUUCGACAACUGUUGUCUCAGAACCAUAGCUUGUGUGGCUCAUUUCCGACGAAUCCGUAACGAAGCAAUUAAGAUGCGAGUGUUCCGUUGUGCAACGGAGAAUUCCACCGCGGAAUAUGUCGGACACCUGAAAUUGCGUCGUUCAGGCGUGUAUUACGCAUCCGAACUAUCGUUUUCCGAAAGCACCUCGUUUACUGGGUACUUGAUUCACUUGAUUCACUACAUGGCACCGGGAGCUCAAGAUACAGACUUGAGAUGUCAUCGCUGCUCGAAGUUUUUCAAGCUUCCAGCAACCUUAAAAGCCCAUGUUCAAGUGUGUUUUCAAAGCAAUGCUGAACUACGCUUCCAGUGCGAAGUCUGCACCAAACGCUUUCGAACACAGAUUCAGUUUACUCGCCACAGCUAUUAUGCACAUUCUCAAAGAACCCUUGUAUGUCCAGAGUCUGCAUGCGGUCGCGUAUGUUACUCACAGUCCCACUUGAAAAACCAUAUGAUCACCCACACAACUGAUCGACCGCAUCCCUGUCCGUUUCCCGGCUGUUCUUACCGUGCUCGAACCGCGGGGCGCCUGGAACAACACAGGGUUGUUCAUGGCGAGGGUAGGCGAUUUCCUUGUGACUACUGUGAUUACAGCGCUACAACUUCAUCUAACUUGAGACGGCAUUCCCGCAUCCACGCCGGUGCUCGUCCUUACCGUUGCCCACACUGUGGCCACAGAACGUACUCGUUGGAUGCACUGAAGAAGCACGUGUUGGAUUCAGGCCGACAUCCUGGUCUUCCACUGUACCUUUGUCCUUGGUGUCCGGGCCCUAAUGGUGCGACGUCUAGGAGUGUGUGCGUGGGCUUCAAUGCAUCUAACCUGGCCUGGCGCCAUUUUCUGACUGAACAUGCAAAAGAACUCGCCAGUUCCGACAUUUUUAAACGCCGUGAAGUCACGCGUUUGUUGGGGAUUUAUUGUCCGGAAAGUGAUUUCACCAAACCUCCCGCUGGUGCGUUAGUCCGGCAACCUUCAAUGGUCAACUGUCAUCGGCGCAAACGACUGCUAACGAAAGUGAAUCGAAGCCAAACUGGGAAUCACUCAAGUGCACCUCCACCAGAAGAUACGCAGUCAGUAGCGGCUCCGGACAAGAACGAUUCGUUGCAUAAUGUAAACACUCAAAAUUGUGAGGAGCCCAUAGAAAUUGGACAUAGCGAACCAGGUCGAAUUGUAUCCGGUGCACCCGAGUUGGCUCCCACGGCGUCUCAACCUUUACUUCAGCCAUCGAAUCCAACUGUCCCCAUUUUGGGCGAUGUCGCGACUAUGUACAAUCUUGUACAGUUUGGCUCUGGAGCAUUAUGGACACGUGAUUUUCUGUCUACAGACGCUCCCUAAUUAAUAGAUCCACCUGACUUUUCACUUUUGUGUACACGCAAGCGUUGUUUCUGAGAGUCUCUUGCAUUGCAUUUCCCAGAGCUUUGUAGUGGUUACGAAGUUCAGCAGCCUGCCCACAUCCAUCUCCAUAGGCUUUUCUCCUGUUCCGCGAUGGUGCCUUUUUCUCGGUGUGACGUGAUCCUUUGCCCGUGUCAAGGAAUGGCCUGUCUAAUUCAACACCAUACCUUACUUCGACUAGAACAUGUCUGAAGUAUCUUUAUCGGGUAGCCACAUGGCUAACAAGUUGCCUAUAUCCACUGGGCUACGAAGGUUUUUUCUGGAGUAUGCCAUUUGUUAGGGGCAGUUAGUUACAGCGCUAACCCCAGCCAAACGACUGGUUAUCGUCGUUCGUUGAUUUGAGUCUUAAUCUUGACCGCUUCGUGCAUUGAGUUCCUGCCAUCGGUGGCUAGUAUUGACUUCAUGACAUUCGGAAGUCAAAUGUAAAACCCACUUCUUUCUUCUUCAAAGUGAGACACUGGGUUGGCAGACACUCUCAAACGCAACUGCAUGCUGUUGGUACACUACUACUACACUACAUCGACAGCAUGACAUCAGUGUUGAACACUGAUGCUUUACUGCCGUACAACCGUAUUUUAUUUGAAAGCUGUUGGUAAUGUGUUGGGAUAUUGCUAGCUCGGGUGUAUUCAUUGUUGGUUGAUCAGGUGGCUGUUGCUCCGUUUUCUGAGCUUGGCAGGGGUUUUGUCGCCAACAACGCAAUGAUGAUGCCUCCUCGAAUGGUGAAGAAACGUCUGCAAGUCAGUUGCCAAACUCAGCGAACAAACAAACAGCCACCUGACCAAUUAUCACUGAUGCACGCUGCCUUGGGAGUUCAUUCGUGAGUUGAUGCAUUUUGGUAGGAAUUUAAGAGCACUCCCAAUAUCGCUUUCAGACAAGGAAAAGGACGAAUUCUGGGGUUAAAUGUUGGGUCUGAUCAGAUUCGCAUUGGGAAGGAUAGUGAGGAACUAGGGUGCUGCAUCGAAAUUUUGCGAUGCCACAAUUCAUAAUUUAGUGGAUUACGAAGUCUAAAGCGCAUAUAUCAGCCAGCAGGUUCGAAUACGAAUUCUCCGAAACUGGGGCUAUUGAUCCAAGUGAGCCAAGACAAGAGCAGAUGUCUAGUCGGAUCCUGGAUCGCCUUUCAGGCUGCCCAAUUUGCCAGGACAGGUGACUCGAAGUUAGAUAACUUGGCAAAAUACAACAAAGACCUACCUUCAUGACAUUCUGACAGUAGCAGGACUGUACUUGACCGUGAACCAGGUAGAAAGUGGAAGCGCAACAGGCUACAGCGGUUUGCUUGAGAGGCCAUCUACGCUGUUAGGAUCGACACUUCACAACGAACUUUUUGACCUGUUACCCACUUUCCACUACACUAUGGGGGAUUGAAGAUGUUCCACAUGAUUCCCAUAAUGUAACGAUAAUCCUUUCGUAUGAAUCAUCAUCAUUAUCAGCUGUAAGAACCGCGCACUUGUCCUACAGUGGUUGUAGCUGCCACAAUUUAGUCCAUCGAUGAUUUGGGGAGGUAGGGGCUAGCUGCGCAUUUGAGGCGGAUUUUGUGCGUAAAUACAGGUUUGUCAGUGGACUUUUAAGUGGGGGGAUUGGGAAAGGAGUUAGGUAUUGAAGGCAAGAGCUUGGAUGCGCGAGCAUCAUUGAGGGCGUGAAUGGGCCACGUCUAAUAUUGUCCAAGUAGUGGCGGAAAAUCUGGUGUUGGUUUUCAAAAGACAAAUGCGAAGAAGUUUGUGAACGUUGUUCGUUGUGACGUUACUGAGGCAUUCAAAGCUACGUAAGUUCUUCAACGUAUGUAUGACUAAUCCUCAUAUGGUGUGUGGUUCGAAUGCUUAUUGCCAACACCGGUUAAUUGUAUCCCUCUAUUAGCCAUAUGUUCAAUCAAAGUGCGUGAAUUUUUCUAGAGCUCGGUGGUUUUUUUCGAGAACUAUGAAAAUGUCAGCGACUCUACUUUCAUGCUACAGGGUGGUUGACUGCAGAUUACAGUCUCAGUAUGCUCAUGACCAUCGGUAGCCCCUUGGUGCUUAUCUAAGCAGGAACUUUCCCAUCUCCCCCUUUAAUUGCACUCUUUGCUGAUUUGUUGUGCUGAAUUGAGCAAUGAUGUCCAUAAUCUUUUAUUUACGGAUAUCAGUUCCUUUGUGGAGGAGUUUUACACUUUACAUGACACUUUCUUUCAAUUCCUAAAAGGAAACCUCCAAGAUUUCUUCAUUCUCUCCCUCUGUAUUGAUUCUCCGACCCCGGAUACUUCAACAUGUGCAAGUGUCUCAGGCUUACGGGAGCCGAUCACAGUGCUGGUCUGCAGUUCGAUGCAGGUAACCGAGUCAAUAUGGUUGACUUGCAGUAGCUGGUUGGCUCCUCCAAUCCAGCCUCUGAAUUCUGGGAUGAGGCUCAUCUGUUUUGCAUUUGGUGGUGUCUCACGUUGCACGUACUGGGUAACCGAUAUCUCACUAGCUUCAAACUUGGCCACGUGGACUAGCAGAAUUUCCCCAACAUGUAUCAGUCUACCGAGACGAUCAUACCACGCUGCGAUUGAGUUGGCACUGAAGUUGACUUCAAGUUCCUCGUUUUGCUCUACCCAUCGUUCAAGUGAUUCAUGUUUCUUCAGGGCUCGAAGUUUGCAUGGGAGAGAAAUCUGUUUUCCUGCAGGUAACCAGACCGUAUGAUGUAUUUUACAUUGGCAUACUACGAUAAGAUAAGUAGCACACAGAAGGACCCAUUGAGUUCCCAUAUACACCUUUGUAGUCCUGCUACACUAGUCCAAGACUUUAGAACGAUUCAGUUGUACAAUGGCACAAUUCG